AUGGCAGCCAUUUACGCCAACGCUUCUGUCACAAUUCUAGCGCUGCAGGGACGACACGCCAACCAUGGUCUGCGAGGUUUCCGUGAUUUCUCUGAACCAAGGAAUUUGUGUCAAAGCGUCCACCUUCUAGAUACGGGGGUUAAAGGCAUUGUGGAUCCUAUGGCAAAAAGCAGAGGAUGGAUCUAUCAAGAAGAGGUAUUUUCAAGGAGAAAGCUUGUCUUUGACGGUGAUUCGGUGCGAUGGGAAUGUUCUGCCGCCACUUGGCAGGAGCAUGUUGAGAUUUCGUCCCGUCAGAAACCUCGUCAAACAACCUCACUUGGAUGUCAGUCAAUGAUCAAACCCUCGAUUCCUGGCCUGAUCGACCUGCAAUCAAUUCUGCAUGAUUUUAUCAACAGAAACUUCAGCAACCCAGAAGACGUUCUUAAUGCCUUCGCAGGAGUUUCAUUUGUGAUGAACCCAGCACUUGCUGGGGUGCUUAUAUCAGGCCUUCCAACGGCCUUCUUUGAUAUCGCCCUGUUGUGGCAGCCUCAGGGUCGGGUCUUCCGUCGAACAGCCAAAGGCCCAGCGAAGCCGCACUGUCUUCCCAGUUGGAGCUGGGCUGGAUGGUCUGGAAUGAUUGACUUUGACACUGCAUCGGCGUCUAACUUCAUCAGAGAUAGCCCUGAUGCUGUAAAGUUUUCACGAAAAAGGCGAAUAACGCGAAUCCUGUCGUGGAGAUAUCAUUACACCGUCGAUUCUCCAGGGAUACCCAUCUGUCCCAACGUUCUUACCUGCAAGAAUGCAUGGCUGGAGAAUAAGAUCAACUCCGACUUAAGCUGGACCGAACACCAUAUUUCUGGAAUUUCAGAAAGUUCAGAAGAGCGGUACGAGCCACCGGAUCCUGAGAACCCUUCCAGAUGCUAUUAUAGCCAUUCUUCAUAUCCUGGCUAUGAGUUCUGGUAUCCGAUACCCCUGUGGCAGCAAGAGGACGCAGUUCCGAGUAUCAUAGUUCCAUGUAUCUCCGCUAAGACACGGGCGGUCUGGCUGUUCCCAGCAGAGGUGCUCCCAAAGAACAACGGCUACACUCCAGUGGUGUCCCUUCGAGACAGGCGAGGGAAAUGGGUUGGUGUCCUCAUACCACAUGGCGACGUCGACGAGUGUGCUAAACGGUUAAAAAAAUCCAACUGA